AUGGCUUCCUCUCAGAAACGCAAGCCUAUCGACGACGACUUUGUCCACACAAUCUCCGACAAUGACGAGGACAUUGUCGAGGAAGAAGAGGCUAUCGCGCCGCCCCCGAAGAAGAAGGUGAAGACCGCCAAGAAGUCAAAGAAGUCUAAGAAGGGCGAGGAAGAGGAGGAGGAAGAGCGCGAAGGCAUCUGGGGCAAGAAUGAAGACGACGACGGUGCCAUGGACUCCGACUUCGAGUUUGCCCAAGACGGCGCUGUCGAACUCGGCGACGACGAGUUCGAGGGCUGGGGCUUCGACGGCGCAAAGAAGUCCAUGAAGAACCAGGACCCGGUUGGCGUCGAUUUGGAUGAGAUCAUCCGCAGGAGGCGCGCGAAGAAGACCGACGAGGAGGAGCCCGAAGUCGCCGUACAGGAGGAGGCUGGUGACGACGACGAGGAGGCAGAGAACGACAUGGAUAUCGACCUCGACGACGAUGAAGACGGAGUGCUUGCCGACGACGCCUUCGGUAUGGGUGUUGACUCUGAGAAUGAAGAAUCGGCCGACGAGGAGAUUCCCGACGCAGAAGACGCAGAAGACGAGGACGCCGCUGCAUCAGACAACGACUCCGUUGCGACACCAGUAGACCACCCCGACGACGCUCGCGACGAUUCAGACGACGAAGAGGAGGAUGCAGAGGAACAAGCCAAGCGCGAUGCCUUCUUCGCGCCAGAGGAGCCCGCGCAGCCCGGCAAAAAGGAUAUCGCUUCAUCAUUCCAGGGCAUGUCUCUGUCGCGUCCCCUGCUCAGAGGUCUUGCCGCCGUUGGCUUCUCAAAGCCCACUCCCAUUCAGGCCAAGACCGUGCCUAUCGCUUUGAUGGGCAAGGACGUCGUCGGUGGUGCAGUCACUGGUUCCGGAAAGACGGCCGCCUUCGUUGUGCCCAUUCUCGAGCGUCUCCUCUACAGGCCCAAGAAGGUGCCCACCAGCCGUGUCGUCAUCCUCACCCCUACCCGUGAGUUGGCUAUCCAGUGCCACGCCGUCGCUACCAAGCUGGCAGCCUACACGGAUAUCAAGUUCACCCUGGCUGUUGGUGGUCUCAGUCUGAAGCAGCAAGAGGUCGAGCUCAGAUUACGGCCGGAUGUCAUUAUUGCCACUCCCGGUCGUUUCAUCGAUCACAUGAGAAACUCUGCCAGCUUCAACGUCGACACUGUAGAGAUUCUGGUGCUUGAUGAGGCCGAUCGUAUGCUCGAAGACGGUUUCGCCGACGAACUGAACGAGAUUCUCACCACACUUCCCAAGUCAAGACAGACCAUGUUGUUCUCUGCCACCAUGACAUCGUCCGUCGACCGCCUGGUCCGCGUUGGCAUGAACAAGCCUGCCAGGGUCAUGGUGGAUUCCCAAAAGAAGACAGUCGGCACCCUGGUGCAAGAGUUCAUCCGCCUGCGUCCCGGCCGCGAGGAGAAGCGUAUGGGCUACUUGAUUCACAUCUGCAAGACGAUGCACACCGAGAGGGUCAUCAUCUUCUUCCGCCAAAAGAAGGAGGCUCACAGGGCAAGAAUCAUCUUUGGUAUGCUGGACAUGUCUUGCGCCGAGCUCCACGGUAGCAUGAACCAGGCUCAGAGAAUUGCCAGUGUAGAGAACUUCCGUGACGGCAAGGUUAACUACCUCUUGGCCACCGAUCUUGCGUCUCGUGGUCUCGACAUCAAGGGCGUUGACACCGUCAUCAACUACGAGGCGCCCCAGAAGCUGGAGAUUUACGUGCACAGAGUCGGUCGUACUGCGCGUGCCGGCCGAAGCGGUGUCGCCGUCACCCUGGCUGCCGAGCCGGACCGUAAGGUCGUCAAGGCCGCGGUCAAGGCGGGCAAGUCCCAGGGGGCCAAGAUCAUGAGCCGUGUCAUCGAGCCUGCGGAAGCAGACAAGUGGCAGGCCCAGGUCGACGAGAUGGAAGAUGAGAUUGAGGAGAUCAUCGUCGAGGAGAAGCAAGAGAAGCAGUUCGCACAGGCCGAGAUGCAGGUCAGGAAGGGAGAGAACAUCCUCGAGCAUGAGGCCGAGAUCAAGUCCAGGCCGAAGAGGACAUGGUUCGAGACGGAGCAGGACAAGAAGAAGGCCAAGGACGCGGGCCGGGCCGAGCUCAACGGCGAGGGCGGCCCGGGCAAGAAGAAGGUGAAGAUGAGCAACAAGGCUAGAAAGCAGCUCGACGCCAAGGCCACGAGGAGCGAGGGCCACGUAUGGAAGAAGGGCAAGGCGGAGCGUGCUGGACAAGGCGCCGUGCUGAACCUCAAGAAGAAGAAGGCCCCCAAGAACGGCAGAAUGAGGGCGAAGAUGGCCCGUGGAAAGAGUCUACUACGAUACCUCUUCCCGCGAACCGUCCGAGAUCGAUAUCGCGAGCGCGUGCUCAACUUCCGGCUCGACACGCUUCCGCAGCUCAAGCAUCGCUUCCAGUCCCGCAUUUACCGGUUGAUUCUUGAGCGCCAGCGCAAGCGGAACGAGAAGUCGAGGCUCGUCGACGUUUUCCGGCGGCAAAGUCGCCGGCUGCUCUUGGGCCCACCCCCAGCGAGGCCGGCGAGGCAUGCGAGAGCAGGACGUCCAGGCAAAAAGAUGCCCACUUGGUCAGACUACACAGGCAACGGAGGAGGAGGAGCUGCGGCCAACUCCAGCCGCAAUGGGGACGGGAACGGCUACGGAUAUGGCGCGGCGCCAGAGGGCGAGCCUGCACAAGGCGAGCGAGGUUUCCGUCGGAAAUGGCUGGCUGCAAAGGCAGGCAGCAUGUACCGCGCCGGUGCAGUUGCGAUGAACGAGAUAAGAGAAGGAUAUGCGCAGACGCGGGUGCGGUCGCUUGAAGCAGACGACGGCAUGCCGAGGACGACGAUACCCGGAUCAUUCCCGGAUGUUGCCAUUACGGUGCAAGGCGACGACCAGAUGGUCAUCUUUCCGUCAUAUGCGAAGCGACACACUAAGCAAGAUUGGGGCGACGAUAACGAGUACAUCUCAAACGAACCACACGGGGCCAUUAGAGAUUCAGAGUACUGGAGGCAAGAGUGGGAGCGUAACGAAGACGAGAGGGCAAUCGUGGAUAUCGACGUCAGAGGAUGGGUUUACUCGCCGCACAAAGGGCCCAUGACUAGACGCAACCGGAUUCUCAUCGGGCUCGCGCGCCAGUUGAGCGGCAUCCCUGCACCCAGGCAGGAUGCCCCUGCCUCAGAUUCGUUAGGGGCGCUUCACCAGUCCCACGAAGAGAGGAGGGAGCAGGAGAAGAUUGCGAAAGAGGCGGCAGAGAUUGAGAAAAGGGGCCAGGAGGAGAGGCGCGUGGCAAAUCGCGGUGGCUUCAGUGAAGCGGCCCGAGAGGAGGACGACGACGAUGCCGGUAGCAUAUAUCCCGCGAGGUCAAGAUCUCGUAGUGGCACCCGGACGCCCAUGACAGCCCCGGGAUCGCCCAAGAUGCCAGCUAGGCAGUACACGAACGGCAACGAGCUUUCGGAAGCUGAACUUUCCGUCGCAAACGCGAACCUCAUGGCUAGGAUAGCGCCAUUUAUGACGACACCCCUGAUCCAGCUUCCCAUCACCAUAUUCUUCUACAACGAUGAGAAGUCGGCUUCGCGGACGGUGCAGACCAAUGAUGCCGGCCACUUUGUCAUACGAGCCGCCUUGGAUUUCGUUCCGACUCAUGUCCGAGUCCUAGCCAACCAAAGCCUGUCGGCAGUUCAAGAAGUCAAGAUCAUUGAACCAAGGGGGGUUAGUCUGAUUAGCGAUAUCGACGACACCAUCAAGAGGUCCAAUAUCUCUGGCGGCGCGAAGGAGAUCUUCCGCAAUACGUUCAUCCGCGAGCUGAAGGACUUGACGGUCGAGGGCGUCAAGGAGUGGUACAACGAGCUGCACGCGAUGGGCGUCAGCAUACACUACUGCUCCAACAGCCCAUGGCAGUUAUUCCCAGUUUUGGCAAGCUACUUUAUGAUUGCCGGUUUGCCUCCCGGAUCUCUCCACCUCAAACAGUACAGCGGUAUGCUCCAGGGCAUCUUCGAGCCGGUGGCCGAAAGGAAGAAGAGCACACUUACACGGCUGAUGAAGGACUUCCCCGAGCGGAAGUUCCUGUUGGUGGGUGACAGCGGCGAGGCUGAUCUGGAAGUCUACACUGAGCUGGUCGAAACCCAUCCAGGACGAAUUAUUGCAGUGUUCAUCCGUGAUGUUACGACACCUGAGCAGAGCGGCUACUUUGAUUCAUCGUUCGAAGGCCCUGCUCGCCAGAAGGCCCCAGCAAUCAGACUUCAAGCCAAGAGCGACGAGCCGGCAAACAGGCCUGGUCUGCCACCACGCGGCGAGAUCAAGACAGUUGGACCGGUCAUGGGCGAUCUGAUUGACUUCUCUGACGAGCCGGAACAGGCGAAUCUGGACGACGCGGCUGCACUUGCUCAACUCAAGGCAAGGCCAAAACCUACCUCAAGUGCGAGCACGUCGGAUCUCGCUAUCCGUAAACCUCCACCACCUCGUCCAGUCAAGCCAGCAGCCCUUCGCAGUGCUCCUUCAGACACGAAGGUGCCUACUCUGGGGUCUAAUGGCGGUUCUGCUCCACCUCCGCCUGCGCCGCGGUCGAGAAAGCCAUCCGCUGACCGAUCCGCCCCUCAUCCGCUGUCACAAAUACACAACGCAUCGCAACAGACGGUUGGGAGCACCAGCAGCUUACCCAAAACAGCAAAGAUACCAGCGUCGACUACCCCAGAGGACAUGAGCAAAGCAUUCAAAGUCCCACCACCGCCCCCACCUCCGCGCCGCAGGGAAACCCCGUCCGGGGCCCGGAGCCUCAGCCCGCGGACCCUCAAUCGGCAGAGACUGUCAAACAACGAUGACAUCGACUUUGAAGCCCUCCCACCGUCUGCCGGUUCUCAGCCGCCAGCAUUCGCAAAGACCAAGUCGAACAGCCUCAAGUCGGGAGGCACAUCUCCAACGUUGGGGUCUCCAACGAUGGGACCAACAUACCCCAACAGGAAGCACGAGUUAUGGAUGCGCCGUCUGCAGCGUGCGCAGGAAGUAUUGGAGCAGCACGGAGUCGCCUUGUACACGUGGCGGAGAGGCGAUGAUGUUGUUGCUGAAGCAGUGGGCAUGGUAGAGGAAGAACUUAAAAGAGUAGGAAAUGGGAAAGGGAACGGAGAGAAGGACGCCCGGGCGGACGGAAAGAGGUUUGAGAGGCAGCUGAAAGCGGAACAACAACACAGGCAGCAGAGGCCGCCGCAACAGCAGUGGAGGUGA